ACGUAAAAUAAGCCCCGCCCCUCUCGCUAGCAACGUCAUACAGACGCCCUUAGUAGAAGCUAGUAGCAGCGAGUAGCGGACGCAUACAGCCUGAGAAACGUCGAAAAUGGGGGUGGAAGUUAAAGUCGAAUACUGCGGCGGAUGAGGUUACGAACCCCGCUAUCGGGAGCUCGCCAGCGUCGCUAAGAGCGAGUUUCCCGAUGCGGAUGUGUCAGGCUUUGUGGGAAGGACGGGCAGCUUCGAAAUAGUAAUAAACGGGCAGCUCGUCUUUUCCAAGCUUGAGACAGGUGGCUUCCCAUAUGAGGAUGACAUUAUCAAUGCAGUCCAGGCUGCUAAUGAUGGGAAACCUGUGCAGAAGAUCACCAAAAGUCGUCCUCCGUGCGUCAUCUUGUAGCUCUCCCUCUGAUCUGCUGUAACAUCAGCAGCAUGAUGGAGGGCGCCUCCCUGCCCAGCUACAUCCGUCCAGGAUGAAGCAGUCUGACCACACGCUGUGUCAGCUGGCUCCUCUCUCUUCUCCUAUUAGAUUCUUCAGGCUGUUAAUGAUUGCUGUAGCUUAAAAUCAUAAAGGUUAUGGUAUGACGAAUGCCUUCCUGGAGUUUCAUUCAUAGGAACAGAGAUAAGGAGAAGUUGCCACAGAUGGGAUUAAGGGAACGCACGCACUUCUGCCUUUAUGGCUGGCAUUUUAAAUGCCCCAAUGUCUGAAUAUUUUUAUUUUUAUUUUUUUUGCAUGCAGGUUGGAAUUUAUAUCAAACUCAAAAGAUUUUGAUGGGUGAAAUGAAUAAAUAGGAAGAGAAACUACUGAUGUCUUUGCUCAACUCUGUUGAGCAAUUUAAAUUUUGUCAUUUCCUCAGAGCCAGUCUUUGCUUUUGGGUAUAAAUUGUGGUUCUGUGGCUUUAAGUUUUUAAAGUGAGCAUGAACCAAGUUCAUUUUUCAUCUGUUCUAAAACACAUUAUUUAAUUUAAACCCCUUACAUAAUGAACAAAUAUUCAGCUGCUUAUCUGAGAACCAUCAUUUGUUGCUGUAAUAAAAUUUCUCAUUUUCCACUUAAGUGGAAACUACAGAAUUUUAAUAAAGCAAAACUUUGUUAUAUACA